AUGUACUCGGGCACCCUCGACAGCCCACGGUUCAGCCGGCUCGAUCAGGUCCACAACCGCAACGUGGGCGAGCUGGAGCUGAAGUGGGCCUAUCAGAUCCCGCAGCUCGAUCGGUCGGAGAGCGUCCCCCUCGUGGUGGACGGGGUGAUGUUCAUCACCGAGGCGCCGAGCAACGUGGUCGCCGUGGACGCCGCCACCGGGCGCCAGUACUGGCGCUACGACCACCCGCUGCCGGACGACCUGCGCAUCUGCUGCGGCCGCAACAACCGCGGCGUCGCCAUUCUGGGCGAGACGCUCUACAUGAGCACCCUCGACGCACACCUGGUCGCCAUCGACGCCCGCUCGGAAACGUCGUGUGGGACCGGAGAUCGCAGACCACCGGGCGGGGUACAGCAAGACGGCGCGCCCCGCUGA